UGUAUAUAUUUAACGUAUAUUGAAGGUUAUGGUAUAAACAAUUAAUUUUAUUAUUUUCUUUCCUGAUAUGUUGUCGUCGUAAAACAUUAAUUUCAGUAAUUUCAUUAUUAGAUGUUGGCCAGACUGUCGGAAAAUUAAAGCUGUAAACAGGUGUUUUUCGAAUGGAAUGAGGUAGCAUGGUCAAAGAGGGGAGAAACUGAAACUGAAUCAAACAGCAAGCAUUUUGUUCUCACGAGUUAAAGGUAGCUUGGUGUGGAACUGUGCAAGUGGUAACCGAGUCACGCACAGUGUUUACAAUUUGUUUACGCUUGCACCAAAGUGUAUGUGCUAUUCCGUUCUAGUCAUUAAAUAUAAACAAGAAUUCAUUUAAAUAGACACUGUUUUAGAGCGCAGUGUAAAUAUAAAAAAGUAAAAAUUGUAGGAAAUAUGUGGUGUUAUAUGAAAUUCAUGUGAGUUCUUGUGGAAGUUAAGAUGCCUCACCAGUACGGGCUACCAGGAAUUGCCCAUGCCCAGUCACCCCCAACUCCACCCCCUCAGCAUGGUGCGAUGUACCCUCGAUUUUCCGGAGCAGUAGUACCAGGUGGUUAUAGAGGUGAAGACAGAAGGCUUACUAGGGAGGCUAUGGAAAGGUAUUUGAGGGAAAGGUCUGAUAUGGUUAUAGUAAUUUUACAUGCUAAAGUUGCACAAAAGUCAUAUGGAAAUGAGAAGAGGUUUUUCUGUCCACCUCCUUGUAUAUAUUUGUUUGGAGAUGGAUGGAGACUGCGACAGGAGCAAAUGCUGAGAGAAGGCGAAUCAGAGCAGGCGUCUCAGUUGUGUGCUUUCAUAGGAAUUGGCAAUUCAGAUCAAGAUAUGCAGCAAUUAGAUUUAAACAAUGGUAAACAAUACUGUGCCGCAAAGACUUUAUACAUAUCCGAUUCUGAUAAACGUAAACAUUUUAUGUUGUCUGUGAAAAUGUUCUAUGGUUCUGGACAUGAUAUUGGAGUGUUUCAUAGUAAACGUAUUAAAGUCAUAUCAAAACCUUCCAAGAAAAAACAAAGCCUUAAAAAUGCCGAUCUGUGUAUAGCUAGUGGUACAAAAGUGGCACUUUUCAAUAGGUUAAGGUCUCAGACUGUCUCUACUAGGUAUUUACACGUGGAAAACGGACAUUUUCAUGCCAGUUCCACACAGUGGGGUGCCUUUACGAUACACUUGUUGGACGAUAAUGAAUCUGAAAGUGAAGAGUUUCAAGUACGGGAUGGUUAUAUUCAUUAUGGAUCUACAGUUAAGCUAGUCUGUUCUGUCACGGGUAUGGCAUUACCUAGACUGAUUAUUCGGAAAGUUGAUAAACAGCAGGCCUUGCUGGAAGCCGAUGACCCUGUGUCUCAGCUUCACAAAUGUGCAUUUUACAUGAAAGACACAGAGCGGAUGUACCUUUGCCUGUCGCAAGAACGCAUUAUCCAGUUCCAAGCGACACCCUGCCCGAAAGAACCUAACAAAGAGAUGAUCAAUGACGGCGCUUGCUGGACCAUCAUCUCCACGGAUAAAGCCGAAUAUCAAUUUUACGAGGGCAUGGGUCCAGUGCGAUCCCCUGUCACGCCUGUUCCUAUAGUACAUAGUCUCCACUUAAACGGGGGUGGUGAUGUUGCUAUGCUGGAACUCACCGGCGAUAACUUCUCGCCAUCGCUGCAAGUUUGGUUCGGCGACGUCGAGGCUGAAACUAUGUACAGGUGUCAGGAGAGCAUGCUGUGUGUAGUGCCAGAUAUUUCCCAGUUUAGGGGUGAAUGGUUGUGGGUGAGGCAGCCGACACAGGUCCCCGUGUCGCUUGUGAGAAACGAUGGCAUAAUUUACGCGACAGGUUUGACGUUUACUUACACACCGGAACCGGGGCCUAGGCCGCAUUGCGCUCCUGCUGAUGAAAUUAUGAGGCAGGGCCAGAGAAGUGCUGCGGUGGCACAGGCUCAGUCCCAGGCGGCUAUCGCAGAGGCUGCUUGGAACUCCCACGGCAUGCAUUAGUUGUAAGUUAGUCAAUAUCUGCCUUAAAAUCUAUUGCAAUAAGUACUCUUACUAGAGUCGGGGUGUAUACUAAUGUGGAAAACCUGAUAUUAACGGAGAAUUUUAUAGAUUUGGAAAUGUUGGAGAAUUUCUCAGAUUUUCUUUGAAUUUUUUCAAAUUGGAUCGUUAUUACAAGGCAUUGCCCUUGGACGUCACGUUUUCAAUAUUUGUGAAACAAAUUUAUUUAUCACUGCACGACAGAGAUCUUAGAAACUAAUGAUAUACAGAAAAAGUUAUAUUGGCAAAGCAGUGCAGAAUUUAAUACUAAUCAACAUACCUCUCAGAAUAUAAAUCAACUCUCAUACAACCUCUCCUUUUAAAAAUCAUGACAAAAAUGUAUCGUUUUACAAGUUUUUCAGCUCAAAAUGAACUUAAUAACUAAAUUUGAAAAAGAUCGACUUACUUUUUCUUUAAUAAAACUCAAACGAAGAUGAUAUGUUCAGGCAUUAAAUUCUGCAUUAUUUUGUCCAUAUAAGCUUUUCAGUAUCUCUAAUAGUUACUGAGAUCUUGUAGUGAUAAUCAAAUUUGACUCACCCUGUAUAGAUAUAAUGAAAUUUUUUCUAUGCUUUUAGAAAAAAAAGUGUUUAAUUGUUUUUGCUGGUGGAAACCCAAAUAAGCACAAUUUUACACAAUGUAGAAAAAAAUGGCUUUAUUUCAAUCGGCCCAAAAUUAAAAAUAAUAUCCACAUUUUUUUAAUACAUGAGGAUUUAUUGGCUCAAUUCUAAUAGCUUUAAUUUAUUUUGAUAAAAUUUGUAUU